UUCACCCCACGCAAACACAUUUUAAAUUUGCACCCUUCCGAAAUCUGGUGACGGAAGCUUUUGCACCCCCGUAAGCAAGGCCGAGCUCCAAACCUCGCCGGCGACCGUCUUCUUCUCCAUCUCUCUGGCUGUCGGAUCGCGGAGGUGGUUGUCGGGCUGUUUGAGCCGGGAUCAGUCUCUGAAAGGGGUUGGACGAUGGACGGUCAGUACUUGAUUAGUGGCGUUCUGGCUCUGUUCCUGGGGAUUGUUCUGCUGUUCAAGACGUUCGGGAAGGAGAAGAGGAGGGUGUCCAAGAAGGGUGGUCGAGGCGAUUGCUAUGUCAAGAGCUCUGUUGAUGGAGGUUUCAGGCCCGAGGACGACGGGAGCACCGACAUCGUCAUCGUCGGAGCAGGAGUCGCCGGUGCGGCCCUAGCUUACACGCUCGGAAAGGAGGGACGUCGCGUCCGCGUAAUCGAGAGGGACCUUACAGAGCAAGAUAGAAUUGUCGGUGAGCUUCUUCAACCGGGGGGUUACCUGAAAUUGCUGGAAUUGGACCUUGCAGAUUGCGUACAAACAAUUGAUGCCCAAAGAAUCAUUGGAUAUGCUCUCUUCAAGGAUGGGAAACACACGCAGCUGUCUUAUCCGUUGGAGAAAUUUCAUUCGGAUGUUGCCGGUAGAGGUUUUCACAACGGCCGAUUCAUUCAAAGAAUGAGGGAGAAGGCCGCGACUCUUCCAAAUGUAACUCUAGAACAAGGAACAGUAACAUCUCUAAUUGAGGAAAAGGGAACUGUCAAGGGAGUGCAAUACAAGACCAAGGCUGGAGAAGAGUUGAAGGCAUACGCUCCCCUCACCGUCGUAUGUGAUGGCUGCUUUUCAAACCUACGCCGUAACCUCUGCACUCCGAAGGUUGAUGUCCCCUCUCACUUCGUGGGGUUGGUCGUGGAGAAUUGCGAUCUUCCAUUACCAAAUCACGGCCAUGUCGUACUGGCAGACCCUUCACCUAUCUUAUUUUAUCCAAUCAGCAGCACCGAGAUCCGUUGCCUGGUCGAUGUCCCAGGCCAGAAAUUGCCCUCUGUAGCCAGCGGCGAGAUGGCCAAAUAUUUGAAGACAAAGGUUGCUCCACAGGUUCCCCCUGAAUUGUACAAAGCCUUCAUAGCGGCAAUUGACAAGGGAAACAUAAAGUCGAUGCCCAAUAGAAGCAUGCCUGCUAAUCCUCAACCUACCCCUGGAGCUCUUCUGAUGGGAGAUGCGUUCAACAUGCGUCAUCCAUUGACUGGAGGAGGAAUGACCGUGGCUCUAUCUGAUAUCGUCGUGCUAAGAAACCUGCUUCGCCCACUUCAGGAUCUGAACAAUGCAUCUGCUCUAUGCAGUUAUCUUGAGUCGUUCUAUACACUGAGGAAGCCUGUGGCAUCAACCAUCAACACACUCGCCGGUGCUCUGUACAAGGUUUUCUGUGCAUCUCCAGACCCUGCAAGGAAGGAAAUGCGCGAAGCGUGCUUCGACUAUCUGAGCCUUGGCGGUCUCUGCUCAAGUGGGCCAGUCUCUCUGCUCUCGGGUCUAAACCCCCGUCCAAUGCACUUGGUAUGCCAUUUCUUCGCUGUAGCCGUAUACGGUGUCGGCCGUCUAUGUCUUCCAUUCCCUUCGCUGAAACGCAUGUGGCUUGGGGCCAGACUGAUUAAGGGUGCGUCAGGUAUCAUCUUUCCCAUAAUAAGGGAUGAAGGAGUAAGGCAGAUGUUCUUCCCCGCAACAGUGCCAGCUUACCACAGAGCUCCUCCUGUUAACUGAUGGAGCGAAGCACCCGAAUAUGCGGUCGAGUUCGUUUCUGUCAUUUACAUUAGUCUCUCGUGUCAGAUAGAGAGGGCUUGUAGCUAUGCUACACUCAGAAGAGAAUUGUGCGGUACAACUUUAGUUCCGUGACGAUAUGUCGAUUCAUUUCAGAACAAGAUCUUCCCACGAACAUUGAACUUUUGCCAGUUCUCUAGCUGAUCCAAUCAAAUGUUAAUAAAUACUCCUACCUCUCCUCUUUUCGUC